CACCUUUUUUGAGUCCUUGGGAGCCUUAUAUCGGGCCACAUGAUCGACUCUCACAGUCCUUCCCAGAAUCUGAAAUGGAAGCAGCAAUUAUUUGAACAUGGCUGGGGACAAAGUGUUGGGUGACCAGUCGCGCGUCAACAAGGAGAAAAUCCACCAGGAUCGCGUCUACAACGAGAAUCUGAACGAGGACGAUGAAUUCGUCGAAUACAUCCCCUGCCCUGAGUUCCACUUUCCUACAGCGAUGUGUACCUUUUGUAAUGGAUAUUACGGACCCUGCUUCGAGGAGCCCGUCUGUCCUACCUGCCAUGCAUUUCUCUUUCCGAACGACGUCAGUCCCUUGCAAGUGUUCAGCGAGAAAACGGAUGACGAGGACUCUGGGAACGAUGAACCUACGGAGCUGUACUAUCACGAGAGGAGAACCAGUCAGCAGCAACAGCAGCAGCAGAAUCCUCUGCAAAAUGUUAACUCCAGAUUACAUUGUUUCGCGGAGAAGAACGAGGAUUCGGAGAAUGGUUUGGGAGGAAGGGAGCACGAAUUGGAGGCUUGUAGUUCCAAACAGCCCAUGUGUGUUAUCCAGUUACAGUGGAGUUACAGACCACAGGGCGAGCCUUCCAGAUCUUACAAUCUCUCGGAGCGGCUUGAGAUGCUGGCGAACUAUAAAAGAGAUGAGUGGGAGUCAGGAACGGAGCCAGGCCUCAUGGAGAGACUGCCGCCCGAGGUUCUUUUGGUCGUGUUCUCUCACCUGGAUGACGUGAGCCUCUGGUCAGCUGCAAAUGUCUGCAGGAGGUGGUUUGGCUUACUCUCCACCCACGUCACCUCGCACCAAUGGCAGAGGAACGUAAAACUCCGUUGGCCACUAUACAAACCCAUCGGUUACGUGAAAAACUGGUACAAGGUUUACGACUACCUGGCCUCGUCCGCACCUUGCAAGACCUGUCUGGCGCAGACAUGUUUGAGAUCGAGGCCACCCAGGAUCCAAGAGAACUCAUGGAGGAAGAACAGACUGCACAGCGAACUUAAGAGUUUAAGGAUAGACCCUCCGGAGGGGAUCGAGGCUACCCCCUUGGAUCAAAUGUGUUGCCACUGGCAGGCUACCAUCACCGGGCCCGUAGGGAGUCCCUAUGAAGGAGGCUUGUUCUAUUUGUACCUUCAGGUCCCCUGCAGCUAUCCUCUGUACCCACCGGUGGUCAGAUUCUUAACGAAGAUCCUCCACCCGAACGUCUCGAGGCACGGAGACGUCGGCAUUGAUUCGAUUCAUCACAACUGGUCUCUCGCUUUGACCAUCUCUAAGGUGUUGAUCAGCGUUCAGAGCCUGCUCACCGAUCCCUACUGUCAGGUGUGCAUGGAACCGGAGUUAGGAGAGAUGUACAUGAACGAUAGGGAGAGGUUCGAUGAGAUCGCACGAUCCUGGACGUGGAAAUACGCCAUGCACGACGUCGUGACUCCUUUGUGAAACAGUGAAACCAAUUCACUUUGAUUGAACAAUUGUGAAGACCGGUUCAACCAAGAUCCGACGUUAUGAAAAAGAAUACAUAUUCGCGAAAUUCGGAAGAGUUGUUCUUGUUACGAGUAUCGUCCCUUUGUCCGCUAUCUCUCGGAGAUGCGUCAGAUUCGUCCGGUGAUCAAACGAGGUCGAUAGACAGGGGAGAAAUACAUCGACAAACGGGUUUCGUACAAAUCGUCGUUCGAAUAAUAUAUUAUGCUAUUGUAUCGUACAUAAAAUAACACGUGGAUGCGACUGAUAUAAAAUAGACAGAAUCUUUGUGCGCAAUAAAUAUAAAUAUUAAAUAGAAAGAGAAGCGAGCCGCGGGAACGUUCACGAGAGGAUCGUACAGGUUUCCAUGUUCGAAUGGAAAUCAUUUAAGAGAGUACAGUCGGUAUUAAUUUGUAUAUUAAAAACUGCUCGAUUAAUUGAC